GGCUGCAGUGGCUGAGGACAGGCUCGAGCCAGGCGCUGGCCUUGUGCCACUGGAUCUCCUCUCUCCAUGGAUCUCUCUUCCCACACCUCUCCUUGACCAGUGAGGACAUGAUUGCAGCUUUCUCCCAGGCCGUGGACUGGACUGGCUGUACCAUCAGGGCCUUUGCCUGGCACCCACACACCAACAAGUUUGCUGUGGCACUUCUGGAUGAUUCUAUCCGAGUCUACAACUCCAACAGUGCCACCGUGCCCUCGCUGAAGCAUCGGCUGCAGAGGAACGUGGCUGCCAUGGCCUGGAAACCUCUCUGUGCCUCCAUCCUUGCUGUUGCCUGCCAGAGUUGUGUCCUGGUGUGGCACCUGGAUCCCACUUCCCUCUCCACCAGACCAUCCUCUGGUUGUGCCCAGGUGUUGUCCCACCCUGGGCACAGCCCUGUCACCAGCCUGGCCUGGGCACCCAGUGGGGAGAGGCUUCUCUCAGCAUCACCAGUGGACACAGCUAUGCUGGUGUGGGAUGUGUCCACGGAAAACUGUGUCCAGCUGCAGUGGUUUGGGGGUGGAGGUGUCACAUUCCUGGCCUGGUCCCCUGAUGGCAGCAAAGUGUUGGCAGCCACUCCCUGCUCCGUGUUCCGGGUGUGGGAGGCUCAGAUGUGGACGUGUGAGCGUUGGCCCACGCUCAGGGGACGCUGCCAGACAGGAUGCUGGAGCCCUGAUGGCAGCAGAUUGCUCUUCACUGUGCUGGGAGAGUCUGUCAUCUACUCCUUGUCCUUCUCCGAGUACAGAGGAGAGAUGCAAGGCCAAGUAGGAGGCUCCAAAACAGCUUCCAUCGUGGCAGAUCUGUCUGAGACCACCUUUGAGACCCUCCACGGGGAGGAGAGGAUUGGAGGAGAAGUUCACUCCAUGGUGUGGGAUCCAACCGGAGAACGACUUGCCGUGAUCCUCCGAGGCCAUCCUGACUCUCCAGGCAGCCAAACAGUUGUGGCUGUGUUUCGUACCUGGAACAGCCCCGUGUUCGAGCUCCUGCCCUG